AUGGUGCGAGGACCUGUCUUCGUUUGCUUGUCGGUGGCUCAUCCAACAACCGAUGAAGAGGAUCUAGACUUAUCCAAACGCUACUUCGACCCCAUCCGAUUCAUGAUGAGGCCCAUGCGCAAUAGGGAUGACGCCGAAAAACGUGCCUACUUUGACCCCAUUCUCUUCGCAAAGCGCUACUUCGAUCCAAUCAUCUACAGGCAUCCUAUGUGA